UUCCCUUUGUGUUUCCAGCAAAACACAUCGAACCGCUAAGCUAUCCUGCAGUCAAGACCUGACAACCAAAACAUUGAGGUAAUCCCCAUUGAUCAAAUUAAUACAACAUUAGGGAUUUCUUUAUCUCAAGGGAGGAUAGGCUUCUUAGUAUUUCUAUUCUGUGUUGGCCGGAUGAAGUCGUAAGUUCAGCGAUUUUAGACAUGUCAACAAUUCACACAUUCAGCUCUGGGGGAAAAUGCGUGAUAGCAUUAUGAGUUUUCUUGUUAGACCAGAGGGAGAGAGGGUGUUGGAGGAGGUGGAAAUUCUAGACCUAGAAGAAACUGUAGGAUACACUCCAACAUUUGCUCAACUUUACAAUGCCGGAAAGAAAGAGGAGGAUCUAGUUACGGAUGUUAAAGAUCCCAAAGGAUUUCGUGUAUCCUCAUUGGCGAGAAUUUCUGCACAUGCUCCUGGAAAGUAUCUUGGCAUCAUUCAACAUUCAUUGGAACCAGCCAAUCAAAUUGCACUUGCUGAGUUCUGUAGUACUUAUGGGUUUGCUAUUGUCUACGACGGAUCAAGGAGCAGAAGGAUGAUGAGAGUUCACAUUCAAGGAAAGAAGAGCUUGAUACAUCCUGUGAGGAAGUCACACAGGCUGAAGAAUGGAGACACAACUUGGUGGCACAUAACUAGAGACAUCUCUUGAAGAGGAAGAUCCUAUUCAAUCUGUCAUUAAUGAUGAGUUUCUUCAUAGAAGAGGAAUUAACAUUCAGAGGGAGUCUGACAAACCAUUAGAGGCAACCUUGGACAAGGAGGUCAGGAGGUUGGAGCUUCA